AGCUUUCCGUCUUUAUAACGAAGCAAAUCUCAUCCUCAGCAAAGCGGGCAUGAAGCUGCAAAAAUGGUCCACCAAUGAUGAUGAGUUAAGAAAGUACAUCACUGAUAGAUUGGACUCUGUCUCAGCAAUGGCUCCUACGAAAGUUCUUGGUUUGCUAUGGGACACAGCUGCUGACAAGCUUAUUCUAAACAUGGAAUCUCUGUUGCAGAUUCUCGAAAAGAAGAACGACACCAAGAGAUGUGUCCUUCAGACGACCGCGCGGAUUUUCGAUCCAUUAGGGUGGCUAUCACCGUUCGUCGUUAGGAUGAAAGUCCUCUUUCAGAGAUUGUGGGAGCAUGGCACUGCGUGGGAAGAAGUUAUGCCUGAGCAACUUAGACACGAAUGGGAAACUUGGUCCGAUGAGCUAAAAUGCUAUCCGGUGUUUUCACUUCCCAGGUGUGAGCUGAAGUUAUUCUUGGACAAGCCUUCAAGCUCCCAGCUUCACGUAUUUGCUGAUGCCAGUUCUGUUGCUUACGGUGCCGUAGCUUAUCUCAGAAUGGAAGAUCAAUGCGGUAACGUUGAUGUUCAGCUUCUAUUUUCGAAGUGUAGAGUAGCUCCAAUCAAACGUAUCACGUUACCACGUUUGGAAUUGAUAGCAGCGGUUCUGGCUUCUAGAGUCCUAAAGUUCUUGCGGGAGGCUCUAGAGUCGAGGCAAUGGAAAAUAGAAGAGCACAUGUGGACGGACUCAAGUGUAGCGCUUUGUUGGAUACAAAGCACGGCAACCAAGUGGAAGCAAUUUGUUUAUAACAGAGUUAACGAGAUACGUCAAGUCACAGAUCCAGACCAGUGGCAUCACUGUCCGGGAACACAAAACCCAGCUGAUCUGCUGACGCGUGGGCUUUCGCUCACAAACCUUCGAAAUAGCCAGCUGUGGUGGAAAGGACCUAACUGGCUUCUACGUGCGGCAAAUAGUUGGCCAACGACAUCUGACGCUCCAGAUUCUGGACCGGAAGACGAACAAGUUUCUUCCGAGUUACAAACAAACGUUCCUGUACUGGUGAGCGUGAUAAGAGAACCACUUUUCAGUGCUGAACGAUUUAGUUCUUGGUUACGAAUGGCAAGAGUGACAGCAUGGGUCAAACGCUUCGUGGACAACUGUAGAUCGCCAACGUCGCAUACAAAAGGAUCACUUACAGCUACUGAAGUUGAAAAAGCUGAGAACAUCUGGUUCAAGCAAAUGCAGACAGAUACCUAUGCCAAAGAGAGAGCCCAACUUGAAGUGGGACAAGACCUCGACAAGACGUCGUCCAUAAGAGACCUGCAUCCCUUUAUUGACGAAAAGGGCGUCAUGAGGAUUAGAACUCGCCUUCAGAACGCCGAUGUCACAUACAACGAAAAGACGCCUGUGCUGCUACCGUCCAACCACCCGGUCACGCAACUCGUCAUUUUGCAAGCUCACAAAACUGUGCUCCACGGCGGUGUCGGUGACACAUUAAAUGAACUUCGCGCCCGGUUCUGGGUGCCCAGAGUGCGACAAGCAGUGAAGAGAGUGCUACGAAAAUGUGUGAUUUGUGCUCCAGUUAGAGCAAUUCACCUUGAGCAUGUGGUUGGACUUACUACUAACGCUUUUCUCAUGGCUUUCAAAAGAUUUUGUGCAAGACGUGGAACACCGCGAAUAGUUUACUCAGACAACGCUACUACAUUCAAGAAAGCUGCACGUGAGCUAGCUAGCAUGCACCAGUUGUUGAGGAAAGAGGAAGUCAGCCAGUAUUGCUCUACCCACGGCAUAACUUGGAAAUUUAUUGCAGAGAGAGCUCCUUGGUGGGGUGGGUUUUGGGAGCGGUUAGUUAGGAUUGUGAAGAUGUGCCUUCGCAAGUCAUUGGGAAGGGCGUCUGUUGACCUACAACAACUGAGCACUUUGCUGACUGAAACAGAAGCCGUUGUGAAUUCCAGACCCAUAACUUUCAUUUACUCUUCUCCUAAAGAGCCAGACAUUCUAACCCCGUCUCAUUUUUUGUUAGGCAGCCGUCUCUUGUCUAAUCCUAAAACGUCUGAUGAACAGGGAGAAAGAAAGACUGAGCUGCUCAGUUUGUGGGUCCACAGGCAGCUAAUAAUGGAACAACUGUGGAAGCGAUGGCUUCGUGAAUAUCUACUGACACUUCGAAGCGUUCACUUGAUGAAAGCAUCAAAAGCUUAUAGCAUCAGUAAAGGUGAUGUUGUGAUUAUUCACGAAGACAAGGCUCCCAGAAUGUUCUGGAAGACUGGGGUAGUAAGUGACUGCAUCCGAAGUAAAGAUGGCAACGUCCGUGCGUGUAAAGUUAAAAUACCCAGUGGCUCACAGAUGAUCCGACCUGUGCAGAAAUUGUACCCUUUAGAACUCGCCACCUCAGGCCCCAGAGUGUGUUAAAUAUUAGAGGAAGAGGACGACGACGGCUACUAGCGCGCUCGGCGCGAGCGGCUCGCUCGUGAUCUGGCGCUUCUGACUGACUCGAACGGCCAGUAUGGACGCGUUAUUACGGU